AGGCGUUCACUAGUUGGGGUGAUGGCUACUGGAACGCCGGAUUCGCAGGCGCGAUUCGGCCAGUCUGUGAAGGGGCUUCUCACAGAGAAGGUGAACACCUGUGGUACUGACGUGAUCGCGCUCACCAAGCAAGUGCUGAAGGGCUCCCGGAGCUCCGAGCUGCUGGGUCAGGCAGCUCGAAACAUGGUACUACAGGAAGAUGCCAUCUUGCACUCAGAAGAUAGUUUAAGGAAAAUGGCAAUAAUAACAACACAUCUUCAAUACCAGCAAGAAGCUAUUCAGAAGAAUGUUGAGCAGUCAUCAGAUCUACAGGACCAGUUGAAUCAUCUGUUGAAAUAGAACGGCUUAUAAGAGGGCUAAAGCACUGAUGCUGAGGAGGCAAUAUCUUACACAGCCAUUGUGCUGUGGGUUUGGUUUUCCAUCUUCUCCUCCAAAAGUUAAAUGAGAAACGAUUUGUGGUGAUGUCUAGUUUCUCCUGCAAAGAAGCUAGGUGCUUGAAUUCUGGAAGCACUUCUUGAAUUGGACUAACUCAUGCCCUUAUUGAGUUUUUAAGUUGUUCUGUUUAGUUUGAUAUUAAAGCAAAAUUAAAAGAUGUCUUAGAACUUUAAUAUGUCAAAAGCCA